AUGAAAUUAUUAAAAAUAUUAUUAUUAGGAUUAAUUUUUUCCAUACCACGAUCACUUAGUAAGUCUUUAGAACGCAUAGUAAACGGCGAAUUAGUGGAUAUAACAGAGGUCCCUUAUCAAGCGGCGCUGAGGCGCAAAACUACAUCGGGAUGGAGUCAUUCCUGUGGAGCGGUUGUGAUAUCUACUAAGAGUGUGUUGACUGCUGCACAUUGUGUGAUUGGUUAUCAGACUGAUCCCUCAUCGUUAAUAGUCGCUGUGGGUACUUCAUUGCGUUCUGAGGGUAUCACAUACGCCGUGGCUUCUGUUUACCCUCACGAAGGAUAUUCUUCAGUAACCGUUGAUAAUGAUAUUGGUUUGGUGGCUAUUACUGGCACUAUUAAAUUCGGUGAAACGGUGAUGCCAGCAAAUAUUGCACCUUCGCUUCUCCAAAUACCAGUUGGAACCCAAGCUAUCGUAUCUGGAUUUGGUAGAACGGAGUAUGACGGCCAAUCCUCCAAUCUACGAGCUGCACUUGUAAGCAUUGUAUCACAAAAAGAAUGCGCGAUGUCAUACCUUAAUCUGGGUGUGAUCACCCCUGGAAUGAUUUGCGCAGCAGCAAAUAAUCCACCAAGAGAUGCCUGUCAGGGUGAUUCAGGAGGACCAUUAGUUGUCACAAACACGGUCAUUGGGAUAGUGUCGUGGGGAGAAGGUUGUGCCAAUUCUAGCUACCCUGGCGUAUACACCAGUGUUUCGUAUUUUAGUGCCUGGAUACAUUCUUAUUUAGAUCUAAUCGAAUGA